CGAAUGCUUGCUUUCCACUUUUAUUUACAGUCUGUAAGGUAUCACCUAACGCUGAUACCUCCAUUCCUUCUUAAUACCAUCCCCACAGUUCCAUGUGUUUCCUCUGUGUUUUCCUGCGCAACUCCCUUAAACUUCAAGUUCUUUUUCUUUUCUUUUUCUCCUAAGGAAACUUGCUUUUAAAGGGACAUUCUCUUGAUGCUCAGAACAUCCCAUUUCGGAAAGUGUUUCCAACGGAAACAACACAGAGCUGCCUGUGCUUUCGAUUUUACCAUGAAAUUGAUUUGAAUAAUCUGUUGUGAGUUUUCAUCUCGAAAGAUUUGUAGCAGAGAUCUGGGAUUUUUGAUGUGAUCGCUAUUUUUGUGUCCUGGCAGUAAUUCUACAUUUGUGCCUGCUUCUUUUGUUACAGAGGUAGAAAUUUUUAAGUUUGGGAAGGAAAAAUGGGUGGUUCUGGCUUUAAUUUUGAUUGGUCUCAAAGAACUCACAUCUUUCAUCUCAAGGUGUGGGUUCUGGUGACAGUCUUUCUGGGCAUCUCUUUAGCACUGCUUGUUUUCUUGCUCUUGUGUUAUAUUGCUCUCAGAAAAUCCCGAGAAAAAAACGGCACACUUCCAGUACGCCUUGCCCCACAUAUAUCCCGAGAAAUCAAGGAAAUCGACAUGGACCAAAACUCGGCCACCACUCGUGUUCACAACAAUUACAUGUACCUCUUCAAUUUCCAUGAAAAGGAUUCUGAUAAGCUUUUGAAUCAUUUCAAGAAUGAAGAGGAAAAGAAUAAUAAUGACGGCAGCAGGCAAUCUGAUUCGUCUUUUAACUAUCUACACGAGACUUCUCCAGCAGAAUCUGGGGAAAAGAAGAUGAAGAAUUCUUCGCCUCUAAUGGCUCUUCCUGAGCUAUCGCACCUUGAUUGGGGUCACUGGUUUACAUUAAGGGACCUUGAAGUUGCUACUAAUAAAUUCUCAAAGGAAAAUAUUAUUGGCGAGGGUGGGUAUGGAAUUGUUUACCGUGGUCAACUGGCUAAUGGUACAAUUGUAGCCGUGAAAAGGCUUCUGAAUAACUUAGGUCAGGCAGAGAAAGAGUUCAGGGUGGAGGUAGAAGCUAUCGGUCAUGUCCGUCAUAAAAACUUGGUUCGGCUUUUGGGUUAUUGCGUUGAGGGUACACAUAGGUUAUUGGUGUAUGAGUACGUUAACAAUGGGAAUCUCGAGCAAUGGCUGCAUGGAGGUAUGGCUCAUCUCGGGCACCUUACAUGGGAGGGACGUAUGAAGAUUCUGAUUGGAACAGCUAAAGCUCUUGCAUAUCUGCAUGAUGCUAUUGAGCCCAAAGUCGUUCAUAGAGACAUUAAGGCAAGCAAUAUACUGAUCGAUGACGAUUUCAAUGCGAAAAUAUCUGAUUUUGGACUUGCAAAGUUGCUCGGUGCUGGAAAGAGUCAUAUUUUCACUAGAGUCAUGGGAACCUUUGGAUAUGUAGCACCGGAAUAUGCAAGUAGCGGCUACCUAAACGAGAAGAGUGAUGUUUACAGCUUUGGUGUUUUGCUUUUAGAAGCUAUAACUGGCAGAGAUCCUGUCGAUGACACUCGACCGGUUCAUGAGAAAAACCUAGUUGAUUGGCUCAAGUUGAUGGUUGGAGAGAGAAGGUCAGAAGAAGUUGUCGACCCGAAUAUGAAGAGUAGGCCGCCUACAUCUUCCCUUAAACGGGCCCUCUUGACAGCUUUAAGGUGUGUUGACCCAAAUGCUGAACAAAGGCCCACAAUGAGUCAAGUGGUCCGAAUGCUCGAGUCUGAGGAAUAUCCAAUACCAAGAGAGGGCCGUAGAGUGCGAAAAGAGAAACAAGAGAAAAUUUGAUGGAUCGGAAGUUGAAAUUUCAAAUAUGAAGAAGCGAAAAGUGCGUGUGUUGUCUUAGAAAAUUGUAGAUAGCAAAUUUGAUAGGAAGUGUUUUUUACAUGAUUUUAACAUAAAGAAAUACAUUACAGUAUACCUCAAAAUGCUUGUAGAUGCUAUGUGUGUUUGAAAGAGUUGUAUUCUUACAUCAACUUGACAGUCUCAAGGAUUUGGAUUGAAAUUGAUUUUGCGUUUGAAUUUAUUUUGUAUAUACCUCUCUCCCUCUCUCUCCUCCUCUAAAUGUAUAUGUGGUCUGAUUUCAAUU